AUGGAUUCGACUGAUUCAGGUGGUUCAGACAUCACCGACCCCAGGCGUAUUGUAUCAGAUGACCUGGAGUCGUCAGAGCAUGAGGUUUAUACGUCAGACUUCACCAGCACAGAUGAGGAUGACUUUCAGCCAUUCGCCUUACCCGAUGGCGUUGAUGAGCUCCCAGUUGGUCCUAUAGCCGGGGAUCUACCUCUGGCAUUGAUCCCUGCUCCUAUGCCCUUAGCGGCUUUUCCUGCGUACGGUUUGCCUAUCGACGACGAGGAGGACGACGUCGAUAUGUUUGAGGAGGAGCCUUUCGAGGAGGAUGCUCAGGGCGAGGCCCUUCCUGCCGCCGAUCCCUUGUUGAUCGCAGACGCUCCCGCAGCGGAGUCGCCUGCUCACUCUCCAGUCGCGGACUCCUUUGAGUCUGUGGCUUCUGUACCCGCACCUGCUCAUAGUGCGCAGCACUUCUCCCAUGGGUCCGAUUCUGACCAGGCUUUAUCUGUUGCCCCGAUACCCAGUUCCACUUUCGACCACGAGGACGUGGAGGAUUCCGACCCUAUGUUUCCCCCAGGGUUCGACCCCGAUCGUGACUUAGAGUUUGUUCCUAUGGAUCACUUUAUGGAGGACCCAGUAGACCCCAUUGACCCAGUGGACCCUAUUGACCCAGAUUUUGAGUUUGAGAUGGCUUUCGAUGACAUCGAGCCUGCCAUUGCUCCAGAGCAGCCUGUUGAUGUUGAUCCCCCUGUAGAUGUUCCUGUGAUCGAGGGCGAUCAUGUUGCUGUUGACCCUAUUGUUCCUUUACCCGUUGGUGACAUACCUGCUGAUCCUGUUAUUGACCCUGUCGAUCCUGAUAUUGCACCUGUUGACCCCAUUCCACCAUUUGUUCCUCCAGCGGGGCCUGGAGAGGGCUCUUCAGCCCAUCCGUUCGGUCAUGUACCGAUGCCUUUACCGUUCACGCCUCAGAUUCCAUCUGACCCAUUCACUACUGCACCUUUUCGUGUGGCUCCCUUUGACCCCACACGAGAGCCACUGCUUUGGGCACCAGGUUCCCCUAUGCCGCCCACUGAUCCAUACCACAGGUUCCAUGUGGGCCACACCAUUGAGGAUGUAUUGAUGUCGUUUGUAUAUCAGCAUGAGUCGCACGAGCAGCGACUACAGGAGUUGGAGAGAGCCCAUCUGCAGCCAUGUCAGUGCCAUGGCCGGGCACCCUCUCCGUUGCAGCCAUCACGACCUUUACCCCUUGACUACGCUGCCCGUCUUACUACUUUGGAGCAGCAGUUUGCUUCCAUUAUUCGGACACAGCAGGCGAUGGAGGCAGACUGGUUAGAGUUGCGCCGUUUGUUGUAUACCCAUUUUCCCCCUCCUCCUCCACCACCAGCUUAG